CACUGACAUAGUCGCAGUUAGUCGAGGACUAAGGAGCCUUGCAUUGAUCCUCCGAACUGACACAAAGUAGCGCUUCUUUCACCACAGCUACUUACAAUGGCGCAUAACUACAAGGACCUGCAUGUGUUGGUGCUGGACGUGGGGCCGCACAUGCAGCCCUACCUCCCGCUGCUGCACCGCCUGGUGUUUAAUGUCUUGAACACCAAGCUCCUGUUCAAGCCACUGCACGAGGUGGCCGUGGUGCUGUACGGCACUGAGGGCACGCGGCACGAGCUGCACGACCCAUCGGACGCCGCCAGCACCUACCCCCACGUCACAGUGCUGCGGCCGCUGCAGGCGGUGGGUGACUACCGAGACCUGCAGUACUUCGCCUUCGCCUCCGAUCCACCGCCGCCGGCCCCCGAUGAGGCCUGGGCCGUGGGCGGGGGCGCGGGCGACAACGACGACCCCAACGACGCCGCCGCCCGCCCCGCCCUCCUCGGCCUGCCGCACCUCACCGACGCGGACGCCGACGCCGCGGCGGCGGCGCUCCAGCGGCGCGUGGAAGCCGCGGGCGUGGGCGUGGCGGGCCGCACUGCCGACGGCGCCGCCACUGCGGCGGCGCGCGCGGUCCGGCUGUUUGGUCGGCCCGGACCCAAGUCCGACUGGGCGGAUGGUCUGGUGGUUGCGCUGGACCUGUUGGCGCGGGCCAGGCGGGAGCGGCUGGAGGGCGACAAGCGGGUCAAGGGGCUGCGCAUGACGCUGGUGUCCAACUUCGUGGGGCAGUCUGAGCCUCUGGAUGACGAGAUGGCGGCCGGCCUGGUGGGCACACUCGAGGAGCUGGGCUGCAGGCUGGAGGUGGCGGCGCUGGACCACUACGUCCCGCCCCCGGCUGCAGCUGCAGCUGCGACAACUGCUGCAGCUGUGACAGCAGGUGGUGCCGGCGCGGCGGGGGCGGCAGCGGGCGGGGUGGGCGUCACGGCAAGUGACCGGGAGGCGCUGGCGGCGCUGCCGGCGGAGCUGGCGGCGGCACGGUCGGCCAACCUGCAGGCGCUGCACGGACUCAAGUCGCAGCUGCGGGAGGCGCCCUUCCUCCACCUGCGCCAGCCCGCCGAGCUGCUGUGCCUCACCGCCGCCACCGAGGUGACCAUGACGGCCUCCCUGGCGGACCUGCGCAUCGCGCCGCCGCCGCCGCCGCCGCCGCCACGUCAGGGGGCCGCCGGCGCAGCGGGCGACCCCAUGGAGUUGGAUGGGGCCGGCGGGCUGCAAGACAUCAGCCUCAAGGUUAAGCUGUACAAGAAGGUCCAGCAGGUCCGUGUGACCGGCUGGACGUCCUACUACUCGGGAGGAGGUGCAGGCGGAGAAGGUGCAGGAGGCCAGGGAGAAGGGGAAGGAGCCGCACCCGUGGCCGCAGCCGCAGAGCCGCACGCCGACGCCUACGGCGCCUAUGGCGCAGCCGACGGCGGCGCGGACGGCGGCGGCGAGGCUGGUGGCGGCGGCGUGGGCCGGCACGGGUUGCUGCGGGAGGUGGAGUAUGAGGACCCGACAACAGGCGAGAAGUUUGACCGGGACAGCCUGGUGCGGGGAUACAACUUUGGCGCGCAGGUGGUGCCAGUGGACGAGGUGACUGCCGCCACGGCGCAGCUGCAGUUCGCCAAGGACUUCAGCCUGCUGGGCUUCGCGCCGGAGCCACUCGCGCUGGUGCCCAGGCACCGACUGGUGGCGGAGCCGUCUGUGGUGGUGGGUGCGGACGCCACUGCCACUGCGGCGCUGGCGGCGCUGGCUCGGGCCAUGGAUGCGCCGCUGGUGGCGGGCGGGCCCCGACCCGGCACCGGCGCCAUCGCCCGCCUCAAGAACCGCGCCGCCAUCCCCGCGCUGGUGCUGCUGACGCCGCACCUGAGCCACAGCCCCGACGUGCCCGACUGCCUGCUGCUCAGCCCGCUGCCCUACUUUGAGGACAUCCGCACAUUCUUCUUCCCCACCUUCAGGAACGAGCAGGAAGCUCAGGACACGGCCGCGGCGCUGGCGGAGGCACGCGCCACCCGCACGGGCGUCCCCGUGACCGCCGCUGCUACAGCCCCCCUCGGCGCCGCCGGGGUCAGCGGCGGCAGUAGCAGCGCCGGCGGGCUGCUAUCGGGCUCUGGGAACUCGCAGGCAGGCGGCACGCAGGCCGGCAACGGCAGUAGCAGCAGCCAACCGCAGCAGGGAGAGGCGCUGGGGGUGCGGUGGGAGAAGCUACAGCCGACACAGGCGCAGCAAGAUGCAGCAUCGGAGCUCGUUCGGUUGUUGGACCUGGGGCCGCAGCCGCUGCUACUGCCGACGCAGCAGGCUGCAGGCAGUGGCGGCGGCAGUAGCAGCAGCGACCAGCGGCCGGAGGCGCUACAGCCGCAGCACACGGUGAACCCGCACCUGCAGCGAGCGUACGGCUUCAUCACGUCGAGAGCUCUGGACGCGCACGCACAGCUGCCGCACCCCGACGACGACCCGCUGGUGGACACCCUGCUGCGGCCCAGCGGCGCCUACUGGCGGCCGGGGGCGGCGGCGGCGCUGGCGGCGGCUGAGGCGCUGCUCAACACCACGGAGCGUGUGUUCGAGGGGCGCGGCGGCAGGACCAGCCUGGAUGGCGCCGCCGCCGGCGAAGGCGACGCCGCCGCAGAGGCCGAGGCGGGCGACGGCGGCGACGGCGGCGCGGGCGCUGGUGGCGGCACUGGAGGAGUUGCGGGCAGCGUGCUUGCAGACCUGUUGGGUAGCGCCGCCGCCGCGGCGGGCGGUGCGGGCGCUGGCGCUGGCGGCGUCACCAGUGUCCGGAGGGCGACGGCGGAGGAAGACUUUGCGGCAAUGCUGGCGGCCGGCAAAGAGCCGGCGGCCCGGGCGGUGUCUCAGCUGGGCGCGCUGGUGGGGGAGCUGGUGGAGUCAUCACCCGGAGACACGCUGUACGGCAGGGCCCUGCAGCUGCUGGCGGUGCUGCGGGCGGGGGCGGCGGCAGCGGGGCGGGCGGGCGCCUUCAACUCCCUCCUGCGCAAGCUGGCAGCGGACUGCACCGCGCCAGGGCGCGGCAGAUCGGGCUUCGUGUCUCGCCUGGUGGCAGACAAACUUACGCUCCUGUCCGCUGCGGACCUGCCGCCAGCCGCGGGCGGCUCGGGACCAGCAGCACUCCCGCACUUUGAGGAUGACGGCGGCGCAGUGGCGCCGGCGGCGGCGGCGGCGUUCCUGGAGGACCUGGCGGCGGCGGUGGCGGCGGAGGCGGCAGCAGGGGCGGCAGGUGUGGGCGGUGCGGGCGCGGACUUGGAGGAGACGCUGGCUCCUGCUGAGGUGGUGGUGGAUGAGGCGUUUGAAGACAUGGACUGAGGGACUUGGGAGUUGGGAGUUGGUCUGUGUGUGAAUAUACGGUUUAUUGGUGCUAUCACGAUGCAGGCCGAUUAGCUAGCUAAUCUUGUUGUGUUGGCCGGGUGUGUUGGCCGGUUGACAGUAUCUGCUGGUGUCGCUGGCCCUUGUGACCACCAUUUUUGGGAGCAAACCCUCCACCCUACCGGCCAUGCAGACCUGCUACACACACACACACACACACACACACACACACACACACACUUGGGCGGGCUUCGUUUUGUUGUGGCAGGGAAAAUUCGUGGCAGGGAAAAUUCGGGCGGAGCGAGAAGUGCCUUCGCACGUCCAUGGACAAUUGACUUUCGCGAGGUUGCCCGAAAAGCAAGCCAUGGCUUUGCGCAGUAUGACUUCUGUACGUCGUAAAUGUGCUUCAAAGACACAGCAGACGGCGAGCCGUCAUAAAGAGCCUGUCACCGUGGAGCAGCGCUGGCGCGGCAGUAUUCGUUGGAACCAGUUUCCGUAUUUCGAGCCCGGCCGUUUGUCCCGCGUGCGAGGAAUACCUGUGGCACAUGCAUGCGGCAGUCCGGCCGCUUGCCCGCGGUGGGCGAGGUGCACUUUUAACAUUUGUAGUU